AUUCCCUCACUCGUCUUCCCUCGCUUUGUACAAUUACGGGAUAUUCAUUAAAAUUUUUCUUGUAAUGUUAAUUCGCGCAAUUACAAAAUGUUUCCGAUUGCGAAACCUCAGCUCAAAAUUUUGAAUAAAAAUAAAUUACAUGUAUCGCGAAGGCCAGGAUGUACCGCGUGGUUUUUGCUCGGCUUAUCAGCAGUAAUUUUUAUCAGCAUAAUUAGCCACUUGACAAGCAAUAUCUACUUCCUAAUUAUUUUACUCUUGGGUGAGAUUAUGUUUGGACUGGAUAGUUUCGGAGAAUGGGAAGACUUGAUAUUGUACAAACAGGAGAAUAGGGCUCUUAUCGAAAAGGCUAUUUGGAGCGAUAGAUUAUGCUCGGAUAAUUCGGCUGAAAUCUUUUUGAUGAGACUUACUGACAUCCGACACGUUGGUGUCUCUACAGAGAUGGGUCUCUUUAUCCUUCACAAAAACGGACAAACAAUUACUCUUAGUAUGAGAGGCUUAACUAGAGAGGAGAUACAAAGUUUAAGGAGAGAAAUUAACUAUUUCUUGAACAUGAGUCGCCUCGAUAAUCUCGACUUUUCCUUGAUUGAUCCUUCCAACCGAUUAUUACUCCCUUCCGAUUCAGAGGAAUAUUUGCAAAAUUUACCAAGAACGUGUCCACCUAUUCCUAACGAACUUACUGCUUCGGACAAUAUCUUGGGAAAUAGUAAGGCAAAUCAUCGGGUGCAACAGAAUCUGAGUUAUCCAACUGUAAUGUGCGGAGUACGACUUAAUAGUUGUCAAUCAGCUAGUUUGAGAAGAGGUCCUUAUACAGAAAAUUCAAGACAUCUUGAUUAUAUUAAGUAUACUAGAAAUAUUUGUACCCUUCCCAAUCUGAUAAAAGUUAACAAAGAGCAUAAUUAAUCGAAUAUCUUUUGUUUAUGAAAAUGUAUAUGUGUGAUAUAUUAU